CACUAUGUUUUCUCCUGCGGGAUGAAAGAAGAACCCCUGUUGGGUCAGGCCAGGGGUCGAGGCUAGAGCAGCUCCCCGUGUCCCUUUUCACUGCAGCUGGCUGAGGAUUUUACAACCUAGAAGUGCGCAGGAAUGUUCACGUCUUGGUUUUCUGUGGGACAUAAUGUUUUAUUGCACGGACGCCAUUUCUCUCUCUCCUUGUUUGGCAGCUAUGCAGUGUGGCAACAAGUGUUUGCAGAUUGGUAGGGAGAAGAUAAAGAAGAGGAGGGAAAGUUUCUUAAACAGACCAACAGGAGACCAAACAGCAGCAAGCCGGAGAGGAGGAGAAGCAGAGGACGUCACAGCUUCAAUUGGGAAGUCAGUAUUCACCAGACCUCCAAAGGCUGGAGCAGAGGGAGCACAUUGGGGUUACAGAGCACAGUGUGUAGAGCAGUACUAUGGGCAAGAAAGACAACGUAUACGGGUCUUGGAGCGAUGGUGAUGACCCCAAAACAGACGUUCAUGCUGACAGAAAGACUGGAAGAUUCAACCAGAGGACACCCGGCAGCUCCUUAGAAACUGGCAACUCGCCUGAAGACAACUCGCUCCAGCUUGAAUGUGCUUUUCCUGGUGACAUGGCUGUCACUGCUGAUGAUGAUGGAGUGAAGAAGAGUCACAUAGAAAAGAGCUGCGAGGACAACGAAGAGGGACACCUGGACUAUCACAUCGGUCUUGUGAUGAAAGAAAGAUAUGAGGUGGUAUCCACACUGGGAGUAGGAGCCUUUGGAAAGGUUGUGGAGUGUAUUGAUAGAGACAAAAAGGACCAUGUGGCUGUGAAGAUUGUGAGGAACAUUGAGUCUUUCCGUGAAGUAGCGAGGUCUGAGAUCGCAGUGCUGGAGGAGAUCAACAUCCUGGAUGAUGACAACAGAUUUGCCUGUGUGAGGAUGCUGAACUGGUUUGAGCAUAACGGUCACAUCUGCAUCGUGUUUGAGCUGCUCGGCCUCAGCACCUUUGAAUUUCUCCGACAGAACAAGUUCCUGCCGUUCAAUGUGGAGCAGAUCAGACAAAUGGCAUUCCAGAUCUUCAGAGCCGUCUGCUUCCUGCAUCGUAACAAACUGACCCACACAGACCUGAAGCCAGAGAACAUCCUGUUUGUCUGCGCUGACUAUGACCUGGAGUACAACGAUGUGAUGGAGUGUGAGGAGAGGAAACUGAGGAGUUUCGAUGUGAAAGUGGUGGAUUUUGGCACCGCAAAAUUUGACCACGAAGACCAUGAAUCCGAGGUAUCAACACGCCAUUACCGAGCUCCAGAGGUCAUACUGGAUCUGGGCUGGAACCAGUCUUGUGACGUUUGGAGUUUGGGCUGCGUCCUAAUGGAGUUUUACCUGGGACGUACACUCUUCCAGACCCAUGACAGUAAAGAACAUCUGGCCAUGAUGGAGAAAAUCCUGGGACCGAUUCCCCCCCACCUGCUGAAACAGACCAGAAAGCAGCAUUACGUGCACAACGGGCGUCUGAACUGGGACGAGCCGAGCUCCUCUGACGAAUACAUCUGGAAACACUGUAUACCUCUCAAGCAGUCCCUGCGCAAGAAGAGCGAAGAGGAGAGUCAGCUGUUUGACCUGAUCGGCUGCAUGUUGGAGUACGACGUCUAUAGACGGAUCACCCUGGAGGAGGCACUAUGGCACCCGUUCUUCAGCCCACUGAGGAUGCAGAAGCCGCGCAGCUAGCACACACAUAAACACACACACACACACACACACACACACACACACACACACACACACACACAUACAUAUUCAACAUAUGCCUCAGGCUGUUAAGCAAUGCAGUUACUAGACUGGGUUUGUAGUUCUGAGUUGAUGAGUUGAAAAUUUUCAGUUUCAUUUACAGUCAUAACAGUUCUACAGAGCAUUCCUGUCUACUUGAAAUCAAUUUGAAAACAUGCCGUCAUGAUCCGUUUGCAUGUCACUGUAAAGAAACUCAAGUGUAAUGCGGAGUAUUUUAUUGUGUUUUCCUUUAUUGAUUCUUAGUCAUUUUUGUCAGCAGUUUGUUAAUAAAUAUUUUACAUUU